ACACUCCCUCGGCGUGGCGCAUUGCAAGACUUGACUCGCAGCUUCUAGUUGGUACUCUAUCUACACUUGAGACAUCUCUGUACAUGGGGUUAAAGACGAAGCAUGGAUCAAAUUCAAGAAAAAACAAGCAAGGAGGUCGAUAUUUAUCGUGACACAUGGGUCCGCUUCUUAGGCUAUGCCAACGAGGUGGGAGAGGCCUUCCGUGCCCUGGUGCCAGUGAGUGCUGUAUGGGCCACAUAUGCAGUUGCCACCGUGUAUGUUUCCGCUGAUGCUGUGGACAAGGGGAAGAAGGCUGCCGUGGAGCAUGGUGACAACCCAGGGAAGACAACCAAGGUGGCUGUAGCAGUGGUGGAUACGUUUGUAUGGCAGGCCCUGGCCUCGGUCGCUAUCCCAGGCUUCACCAUCAACCGUGUGUGUGCCGCCUCUCUUUACCUCCUGGGCAGAACCACGCGCCUGCCUCUCUCUGUACGCAAGUGGACCACCACGGCCAUCGGCCUCUCCACCAUCCCCUUCAUCAUACACCCCAUCGACAGGGGAGUGGACUUCCUGCUGGACUCCAGCCUGCGUAAGGUCUACGGUCAAUCUGCAGGAGAGAGGCAUGACUAAUAAGCACCACGACCACCCUGCAGCCUGGUCCUAGUGUCCCUGGCCCGGACAGGUUAGCUCCACCAGGAAAUUGACCCCACCCACCCUCUGUCCCAGACAGCACUUCCUCCCAAGACAUCUGAAAACUCUGCUGAUCACUCUACUGUAACAUCACUGUGAAGCACAAAUCCAAUACAGCGGGGUUACUCCACUCCAGUCCUCCAGGGCCACUGUACUGUCUUCCACUUGUCUAUGCCCCUCUGUUUAUUCCCAUCUUUUCAUUUUAAACUCCAAGUUAGGGGGACCUAUGUUUCUUUGGUCAGUCAAUGACUUAGAAUCAGGGAGAAAAGGGAUCCAACAGACAGUGUUGCCCUCCAGCACUGGAGUUGAAUACCUGUGGCUGCUACUGGCCUGCAGAACCCACCUGUUUUUCUCCACUUGGCAUGUAUCCAGGUAACUCUUGAUGUUAGCCAUAUUUGGGAAUAUUCGAGUCACUGUCCUUAGACCUGGCAUUAAGGCCCUAUUUUCAUUACAUGUUAAUAUCUACCGUUGUUUUUGUUUAUUUCUGCCUCAAAAAUAAUGUCUAGUACGGUGGUCUGUCACUUUGAAUAGAUAUUUACAGAGUAUAUUGUGAUGCACUUUUCAAUGUUCAGUCUUGAGAUUAACCUGAGUGCUUCUUGUCAUUUAUUACAGAGGUGAACCGAGUAGAUGUAAGAAUUCUUGAGGUUUUGGUUGGCUCUAAAGAUUCAGUUACUUUGGUAGCAUCUAAGGCAUAGAAAGUACUGUAAUAGUUGUGUAACAUGCCCUAUGCAGAAAGCAUAUGAAGGGAAUAUGCAUAAAAUACUGUAAUUAUUGCCAAAGAUUUAGGCUACUCUGGAAGAGAACCCAUCAGUAUACAAAGCUGUGCUGCAAUAUGCAAGGAAUCUGAGUCAUCUUAUUAAAAAAUGGGAAAUGCUAUUGGAAUAUGUAAAUCAGGGCGCUCCAAUUCUGUUCCUGAUGAGCUACUGUUGUGUAUGUUUUUGCUCCAACUCUAAUCUAGCGCACCUGAUUCUAAUAAUUAGCUGGUUGAUAAGCUGAAUCAACUGGAGUUGGUUUUAAAACAGGUUGGAGAGCCCUGAUGUAAAUUAAUGUGAUAUACUGAAUUGGGAAAUGUUGCCAAUUGUUCAUACACCAGAACAAAUAUUAAGCAAUCAUUUUCAUUUAACUUCUGUUAUAAGUCAACUUCUGUAUUUCUAAUAUAUUGAUUACUUAAAAAUGUUUUGUCACCAAAAUGCAACAUUUUUGUGAUAGUUUGAAUGUUUUUUUCUAAUUAUUUCCCCACAUAGUCACAUAAUCAAUUUCAUAUUUCGAUAUCAAUAUAUUUUCAUGCUGGAAAUAAGGGAAUGUUUAACUGUUGUUAAUUUCAUAAUAUGUUUGUUUUAGCCUUAAAAUUCAAAUAUGUUUUCAAACCUGCUACUGAUGUAUAUUUACAUUUUCUUUUAGUUGUCAGAGAAAUUGAAAAAAAUGUUCUUUGACAAAAUGAUAGUAAUUUAUCAUCAAAAGUGAAAGUGAUACUGCAAUGGGCAGCUAUUUAGCCAUCCCCUACUCUGAAACUGUUUCAAAAUAUAUACUGUAGAAAAACAAUAUCCUGUAUUGUAUACAUUUUUUUCCCCUGUGCAAACAAUUGAACAUAUUCAACAUGUUUUCAGUUUAUCAGUGAGAAUACGUUUCUUCAUAUGUAUUCAUUUGACACUUGUUUAAAUGAAACGGCAACCCCUCAUACGCAGCCAAAACACUGUCGCAAAUACCAGUAAUGUACUUGAACCAUCAUAAAUCCAUACCACAGUAUACCAUUCCUCAUGCUGUGGUGUCAGGCAAAAAAGGAGUAACUAUGGAUGUGUUAUGACACACUCAUUGGCAACAAGUAGCACAGAACUGUCUCAGUAGCGUUCCUCUGGGGAAUAUGAUUGACAACUCUCCCGAAGAGAUAUGGUUGUGUAAUUGUGUUCGUGGUUUGACAAUAAGGUCUAACAAGUUGUACAAAUUGCUGUAUUGAUUUUAAACAACAUUGCACAUAUUUUUCUCAAUGCAGCCAGUCACAGCUUUCAUUCCCUGCAGAUUGUACGGCCACAACAUAGAUUUACCAAUAAAAUGCCCACAGUGCCACUGUCAAAGCCAAUCACAUCAAUCACCUCAACGAGCCAAGAUUCUAGUUUAAGAAAUUUGUCGUGAUUGAGUAAGUGAUCCACAGCUGACAGCAAUUCUUUUGAUUAGGUGCAUUAGCUCAUAAAAAGUCCAGGUGGUCUGAGUGCUGGCAUAUUGUCAGAAAGAUGUUGUUUAUCCACAGUGUGCUGUUCUUGAUGCUUGUGCCCACAGCUGUGGCCCAAACAGGAGUUCCACAGAUAAGAUACAGGGUAGACCAGUGGACCAUCUCUGUGGAGACUCCACAGAGUUAUGACUCAGAUGAGCUUCAGCCCUAUGACUCAGAUGAGCUUCAGCCCUAUGACUCAGAUGAGCUUCAGCCCUAUGACUCAGAUGAGCUUCAGCCCUAUGACUCAGAUGCGCUUCAACCCUAUGAGUCAGAUGAGAUCCAACCCAUUGGACCAGACAAGUCUCUUGGUGCCAAUGAACAAGGUGAGCUGACUGAGUCUCCAGUCUGGGUUCUGUUUCUGGUGGUCCCUAUGGUGUUGUUGACCGCUAUGGGAGCUCUGGCUGUGGGUUACUACCAGUGUGUGUGGAGGGGAGGCAGAAUAGGCUACCGGCCCCGCAGAGACCUCUUGACAAACGUUUAACCAAUUUGCUUUCUGCUCUGUUUGGUUUGAAAAUAAAUUGUUGCUAAUAAAUGUUAGUUCCCACA